CUACUGUCUCCACGGCUACACAUCAAAUCAAGAAAAGCACCUGCACCAGACGGUUUUAUCAAGCAUUCUUCAAAACUAGAUGAGGAUACCGAAAGCUCGGUUUUUGUUCUUUGGAAAUAUGGCGAAAUAAUGGAAAUCUAUUUAAAUCCAUCGGAAAAAUUAUCAGGAUUAAAUUUAAAACGAGGUCUGGCCAGUCUCUUUCAGUAUAAAAAUGUUGAUGGAGAAUUUCAGGAACGAGAUGCAUCUGGACUCUGCAAUGUGUCAUAUAAUUUGAUUAGAGCACGUUUUAUAAAGAAACAGAAAAUUAUUUGCCAACAGAACGUCUAUGCCCAGGAAAAAAAGCAUCUCAUACCUAUAAUGGGUGUUGCUGUUACUAGCUCCCGUAUGUCCAUGUAUGAAUUAACUCAAGCAUUUUUGCCCAAGUCCAUUAUUGAUUAUGAGAACCACACAAUCAAUUUAAGAGGAAAACAAAAUGUCGGUACUAUCAUUACUUCGCAAAGAACGUUGACAUUACUUCCGGGAACAUUGGAUACAUCACCGGUUCAAACAGAUACCGUAAAGGAUGCCAUUGCUCUUCUUGAACAAAGCUUCAGAAAGAUUCCGAUUGAGUUGCAACCUGAGCCUGUGUUAUGUCCACAUUCUGGAUGUAUAACGCUUGAAGAAAUACUGGAACAAAAUCGGGAAGCUCUCGAAGAUGCUGCAAUGGGGUCAGUGAAGUCAGCAAGUGCGCUCCUUAAAUUAAUACCAUUGGUCAGAGAUGCCAGCCCUGAAGAACUAGAUAAGUUAUUGAAAAGUCCACGCAAUACAAAAUUUAAAUCGCAAUUAUAUGAUAUUCUGGGAUCAGCAGGGACUUCCGUAUCACAUCAGACAGCUAUGAAAAUUCUUGAACAAGAGAAGAUAAGUGAUGAUAUUGAACGAUAUCUGCGGGCGUUAUCAAUAUCUACUAAUCCGAAUACUGAUAUAAUUAAAGAUAUUUUAAGAAGAUCUAAAGAGACAAUGCAGAAUACUAAAAUUUCAGAAACUCUUGCUUUGACAGCAGCUGCCAUGGCCAGACAAGGUGGCUCACCAACAAUACGUGAAAGAGUCAGAGGAAGUUUGGAAAUCCAACUGGGUAACUGCUUAAGUGAUGAAUGCAAACUAAAAUAUCUUAGAGCUUUACGUAAUUUAAGAACUAAGACCAUUAUCCCUACCUUAUUGAAUUAUGCUAUCAAUGAAACUAAUUUGGUCAGUUUAACGGCUUGGCGCGCCUUGAGAUAUUUGCCAAAAGAGGAUUUAACCCAUGAAGUAAAAAUCAUAGCAGCCAGAAUUUUUUAUCAAAUUUUAUAUCCCAGAAGAAGCAUUAGCACUCGAAUUGCUGCACUAGACAUUAUAUUGAAAGCCGAUCCUUCGAAGAAGGACCUCCAAGGUCUUAUUCAAUACCUUGCAACGAAUGACAGUGCAUAUGAAAUCCGAAUAUAUCUAGUUCAACGAAUGGAACAAAUUGCAGAGAACAAUGUUAAAUUUGCUAAAAAAUUAAAAGAAGCGUUCCAAUCUGCAACUAUGAAGAUCCUAAAUUAUAAUGUGCUCUCCCUGAAAGGAUUCAGUAGGGCCUUUACUAGAAGUUUUUUUAAAUCUGCCGAGACUAAUGGCUCGCUAAUCACAGUUCAGGAAGCGAGUUCUGGACUUUUAAAACGUGGAAUAGUUGACCUUAUACUGCAAUCUGGUGAAAAUGAUCAGUCUCUCUUCUCUUUAGAACUCUACAGAGGAGGCCUUGGGAGUUUUGCAUCAUCCUUUAAAGACAAUUCAGAUACACCUGACGAGGAUGAAGCAGUCAUUGCUGGAAUGGAUAUAAGUAUUCUCGGAGUUGACAUAAGACCUUUCGUCUUGUUUUCUAGCCAGAGAGAACUCAUAGGUCAUAUAUGGUCUGGAACAGCAUCAAAAAGAACACCGGUACUUCAGGGACUUCUUAAUUUUCCUCAACACAAACAGUUUAUUCCAAUGUCAUCAGGUUUUGUCAUUGAAACCGAAGUUAAUGGAGCUGCUAGUUUAGAUUUGGCUGGGCAAGUGCAGCUUAGUUUAUGGUCGCGAAAAGCACAAUCACUCACAAAUAUUAGAUCUGGCAUAGCUAUUAUUGGAUCUAGUAGAGUUCACUCGAACUUUAUUCAGAGUUCAGUGGAAUUUACACUGAGCAUGGAACCCAAAUUGGAAUUAACUACUGACGCGCAGUACUCGGCUUCGGUGUUUCUGUGUAUGAGAUUGAGUCAACCGAAAACUACGAUAAGGCAUAAUAUUUACAAAAUAGAAAGGAUACCAGGCAGUAAACAUAAAUUAAGAAAGACACGCAGGACCGAGCUUUUGCUGCCAGCAAAGUCCUAUUUUCUUGACAUGAAAAACAACGAAAUGUGCUCAAAACUAAUCCAACAUAAUUGACUACUAGUUCUGUGGAACUUACAUAAUAUUCUAUAAAAGUACCAAAUAAAAACUAUUAUAGGGAACUGAUCUUAUACUUAAUUUCUUUCUAAUUUAGUAUCAUAUAAAUUAUCAUUUAGCCCACAUCAUGUAAAUCGUAGAAUUUUACUAAUAAAGUAAUGUAAAAAUAGAAAAUAGGUUAAAAAAAAGGAUAAGGAUAGUUUAUUAAAGAGGAAAAAAUAAUUUUUUCUAAUGAUAAAAAUGUGAUGAAUUGUGUAUCCCCAUAGGAUCUUAUUUUACAGUGUGCUAUAUUUCAGAAUACCUCAUGCACAUGUGUGACGUGCAGGGCGUUAUCACACGUCUAACAAAGUUAAUCUCCCAUGCUACGCGUGGGAGUUUAUAUUUAUUUUUGUUCUGGGUAAGUUCUUGACUGCCGUCCUAUACAGGCCCGGUCCUUUGGAUUGCCGUUAGGUGGGGGAAUUGGGGUAUGGUCUAUUUAAAUCAAAGAUGCAGUAAUCCCAAUGAAAUGAUUCGAAUAUAUUGUUACAACCCAAUUUUGCUUAAGUGCUAGUUAUUAAAAUAGAAAAUAAAGAAAGUGCCAGAUGGUCUUACAGCUA